GCUCAACCUCACACUGAAAAUCUGGAAAGCUCCUCCUGAAGGUUUUCAGUGAGGCUUAGGUCAGGACUGGGAUUGGUCGAGUCAAAGGCUUGAUUUUGUGGUUAUUGAACCAUUUUUGUGUGGGUUUGGAUUUCUAGUUUGGACCACUGACCUCUGGCUCAGGUAGGGCAGUGCCAGUGUAUAAUUUGGCCACUUCUACUUUCAUUGUAAAAAACAGGGCUAGUAGGAUGGGGAAUUGGAGUGACAGCGCUGUGGCUGUGUGAUGUGCGACAAUGGUGAUGGACUCCAUGCCCACUGUGUUACCAAUGCGCCAUCCACCUUCAUUAAAAUCUGCGCUCUACCAUGGCUUUCUUUCUGUGUUUAGCUUCCCACAGCCAAAACAAAACAAACACUAAUCUUAGUAUAUGUAGCUAGUAACUGGCCUUGUGUCACUUCCCUUUUACUUCACUGCAGACACACAGAUGAAAGGACACAGCUGAACGAUCACACUCUAUUUGUAAUUUGUAGUUCUAAUCUAUAAAUCUGUAGUGUAUUUAUUUAUUAUAAAAAUAUCUAAUUUUUAAUUGUCAGAUUUUCAGAAAGUGUUUGACUUUGUAACUGAUAUAUAACAGCUUAAUAAUUGUAAUUUUGAUCAUAGUGGUUUGGCCCAAUAUAAUUACACUAAAAGAUUAGGGAUGGAAUCCAGUACAUUAGUAUCCCUAGUGACUGUUACUGCAACGAACUUAACUACAGAGGCUAACAUGUCUCCAUAUUUAUGGCUGUUAGUUUUGGGCUUUAUCAUUGCUUUUAUCCUGGCUUUCUCUGUGGGAGCCAAUGAUGUGGCUAACUCAUUCGGUACAGCGGUGGGUUCUGGAGUGGUGACGCUGCGUCAGGCUUGCAUCCUCGCUACCAUCUUCGAGACACUAGGCGCUAUGCUUCUGGGGGCCAAAGUCAGUGAGACCAUUCGGUCGGGCAUCAUUGACAUUAACAUGUACAAUGGUUCUGAGCCAGUACUGAUGGCUGGCUCCAUCAGCGCCAUGUUUGGCUCUGCUGUUUGGCAGUUGGUGGCAUCAUUUUUGAAGCUCCCUAUCUCUGGAACACACUGUAUCGUUGGAGCCACUAUCGGCUUUUCUGUGGUUGCUAGGGGUCAUCAAGGGGUCAGAUGGCUGGAACUGCUUCGAAUUGUGUCUUCUUGGUUCCUCUCCCCUCUGCUGUCAGGCAUCAUGUCUGCUGUUCUCUUUUACUUUGUCCGCAAGUUCAUCCUAAAUAAGGAUGACUCAAUGGUUAAUGGUUUAAGGGCCCUUCCAAUAUUCUAUGCUGUUACCAUGGGAAUUAAUCUAUUCUCCAUUAUGUUCACUGGAGCCCCAAUGCUGGGAUUCAACAGGAUGACAUGGUGGGGCAUGCUUCUCUUCUCGCUGGGUUGUGCUCUCCUCACUGCCCUUGUGGUGUGGUUUGUUGUGUGUCCUCGCUUAAAGAAGAAGACGAAAAGUGUGAUUACAUCAAACCACUGUGAAGCGUCAUUGGCUGAGAGAAUCACUCCCACAGAUGCAUCAGUGAAACAUCAUGUAACACUCCAGUCCUACUCUCCCGUUACCCAGCAGACACCUGCUGUGGACAGCACCAAAGUGGCCUUUGACGUUGGAGGCUCUGAAGAAGCUGACCUUGACAGCAAAGACUUUGAACCAAAAGACCUGGAUUGCACUAACGUGCUAAAUGGACAUGCAGGAAUGGCAGUCGCACAGCUGCAGGGGGGGCAGUUCCAUACAGUGCACAAAGACUCUGGCAUCUACAAAGACUUGUUACACAAGCUGCAUCUAGCCAAGGUGGGAGGCUGCAUGGGUGAGACCAGUGACAAGCCUAUCCGACGAAACAACAGCUACACUUCCUAUACUAUGGCCAUCUACGGCAUCCAUGGAUCUUUCAAAGAGGGUGAGGGAGGUCGCUCUGGAGAGGAUGGUGAGAAACGGCGUUCGCGCAUGGACAGUUACAACAGUUAUUGUACAGCUGUAGCAGAUGGAGAUGCAGGUGGUGCCAGUGACACUCUAGCUGUAGAUUUGCAUGAUGAUGACAGUGCAGAGGACCCCCUGCAGGAAGACAAGGUGGAUGAGCUGGAGAUAGACAAGCCGGAGGUAUCCAUGCUCUUCCAGUUCCUGCAAAUUCUCACUGCCUGCUUUGGAUCCUUUGCACAUGGAGGUAAUGAUGUCAGCAAUGCAAUAGGUCCUUUGAUAGCUCUCUGGCUAGUAUAUAAAAGUGUCUCUGUAGCAUCUAAUGCCCCAACACCCAUCUGGCUGCUCCUCUAUGGUGGAGUGGGCAUCUGCACUGGGCUGUGGGUUUGGGGCCGGAGGGUCAUACAAACUAUGGGCAAAGACCUGACCCCAAUUACACCAUCCAGUGGAUUCAGUAUUGAGCUGGCCUCUGCUGUAACAGUAGUAGUUGCUUCCAACAUUGGACUCCCAGUCAGCACCACUCAUUGCAAGGUUGGAUCUGUGGUGGCUGUGGGCUGGAUUCGCUCCAGGAAAUCCGUUGAUUGGCGUCUGUUUCGAAAUAUUUUCAUUGCCUGGUUUGUGACUGUGCCAAUUUCUGGUCUUAUCAGUGCUGCCAUUAUGGCACUGUUCUAUUAUGCUAUUUUGCCUGUAAACUAAAAGGCUCCUUAGAGCUGUUGUAAAUGUUGUAAACAUUUUAAAUAAUUACUGUUUGUUUAAUUUCAGAUGUGGGCCUUUCAUUUGAUUUCCAUUUUCAAUUGUAUUCAAGCUAUGUGUACUAUGCAAAGUGUGUUUAACUUGACAUAUUAGUUCUGUGAUACUUGUACUCAUUUUAUGUGCAUAAUUCUAUCAUGUGUAACACUGUGAGAAAAAAUUAUAACAGUGUAAUGUAAUUUUCCUCUUGGUUAACUUUUUCAUUACACUUCUUGGGAAUUCCAUAUAUAAAAAUGAUUACAAAGAUUAAGGUGAUUAAGGUUGUCCUAAAACAGUGAUUUUUUAUUGUCAUGCAAAUAUGAUUUCAUAAAUAAAGCAAAGUUUUUAUUGAA